CAUUGGGUGGAGCAGCAGCGUCGCGUGCUGCGGAAUACAUUCAGUAGGUCGUGAAGGCUGCGCGCGGUUUUGGUUGCAGAUGCAGGUCGCUGAGUGUAAGCGCGAGGCGGGGGGAAAUGGCGAACGGGCGCGGGCGGCGGUGCGCCUUGUGAGGAUACAGUAGACACCCGGAGCGGAGGCAGGCAGCAGCUCGAGGACAGACAGGAGAAGGAAAGGAACCAUGGAGGACUCUGAGCCCGCAGAGGACGGCAUGCUCGCGGGCUUGCGAUGGAACCGGAGCGCACGGGACCAGGCUCAGCUCAAACACAAAAUCCGGGAUCUGCCAGGGCUACUCAAGCACGGGCUACACCUGCGGAAGAAGAGCCAAUCACCUGACACUAUCCCUGGACCAAGCAGUGGACCUACAGUACACAAGUCUUGUUCCCAGAGUUUUCCAUGUGCUGGUCGGACUGUGAGGAAUGCCUUCCUCUCUCAUGGACCGUACCCAGCUAAAGACAAGAUACACCUGGCCAGAAUCAUACGGCGUAGCUAUGUGGGUGUGGAGCUGGUACAGUGGCUGUGUGAGCAGUGUGUGUACGUGCGCUGUCGGACCACCGCUGUGCGUGUCUGGCAGGUGCUGCUGGAGCUGGGAGUCCUGCUGUCUGUAGACCAGCGGGUGGUAUUUUCAGACUCCAACUCUUACUAUCAGUUCAGCUUUGAGGAGUGUGACUCUGCCUCCUGUGAGUUUCGUUCCAAAGAGGGGGAGUGGCCAGAAGCGGUUAGGCUCCUCCUACAACUCGCCCCAUAUGUCCAGUUUCGCUCUGGGGGCGGAGUCAACAGCCCGUCAGAGGAGGACUCUGAAGGCAACAGAGACAUCUGCAGUGAGAUUCUCCAGAUGAAAGCUCUUGAGAGGCUCACUUCUACGGUACAAAGUGAGUUGGCGGCUGCUCUUGCCCGAAAGACUCGCAAAGCUUUAUCAGAGCAGGACUCUGAGACGACGGAGACGAGCCAACAGGAGCCUCACACACCCAGUGAAGAGAGCAGCCCGCUGGGUGGGGUAUGUGCAUUGCGGGGUGGCGGUGGCAGCGGUGGUGGCGUUGGAGGAAUGGGGACGUGCGGCCGUGAGGAUCUGACCAGCCGUCUGGGGCUGGAGGCCGUUCAGCGGCUGGCCAAGGAUGGCUGUCGGCUGCUGCAGAACCACAACUACCGGCUGCCCGACAGAAACCAGGCGGAGGCUGUGGGGAGGGUUUGUCUGAAGGAGAGAGGACGGGACGUGUUGGUGUUGCGGAGAGUGACAUCCUCAGUGACGUCUCCAUCGGACCGGCCCUCACCCACAUCAUCAGGGGGCGGGUCCAGAGAGGAGGAUUGCGACAAGAGGUAUGUGGUGGUGUCGGGGACGCCGCUCAAGAUCUUGGAACAUCUGCUAAGUGACCUGCGGUUGGACGACCAAAGAGGGGCACCAGAGAGCAGGGAGAGCGAAAUGCUGCUAGAUGACUUCCUGUUGACCUACCUGGUGUUCAUGUCCACCCAUGACCUCUGUCAGGCUCUGCUGGGACACUAUAGCACUGCCCGCUGCAGGGGCCAGGAGGAGGGCAAAGACACCCUCUUCAGGAAGCGUAAGGUACUGCAGCUGGUCUCCCACUGGAGCAGGCUCUACAAGGACUUUCUCAAGGAUGAGGAGCACGUCAGGAGCUUCAUGAAGACCCUGUACAGGUGUGUUUUAGAAGAUCUGUAUGAGUUCCCCACGCUGGAGAAAGACCUGAAGGAGUUCCAGAAACUUCUGCGUCGCAGACACACUGUGGAUGAUUGCCCUCCAAACCAAAAGAGUAAACAAAUGUAUCAGCAGUUGAGUUUGAAGGAAAACAGUUUACAACAACGAAGUCCACCGACUGACACUAGAGAGGUUAUUUGUUGCGUGUAUGUCAGUGCUGACUCCUACCUGAGUGUCCACACCCACCCCUCACUGGAGGCCCAUGAGAUGCUAAGGAUUGUGGGUCUGAAGAUGGACAGGGCAGAAGAAGAAAUGGUGCUUGCUGUGGUCUCACACACUGGAGAGCGGAGGGUGUUACAGCCUAGUGACUGUGUGUAUUCAGAGUCUCUGACCCCACAGGGAAAGCUCAUGGCCUGUCGCAGGGAUCUCACUGAGAUCUUGCCUCCUUUAACGGACAGUGCUGAGCUAAGCAGGAGGCCGGUGCGACUCUUAGGUAUUAACACCUGGGAUGUGGCAGCUGCUUUCACACACCUGGACUGGAGCCUCUUCAAAUCCAUCCACGAGCAGGAGCUGGUGUACUACACCCUCAGCCAUGCUCCAGGUACCGGCCACACGGCGGCGCUCUCAGUCUUGCUCCAGCGCUGUAACGAGGUCCAGCAGUGGGUCAUGUCUGAGGUGCUCAUGUGUGUAUCGCUCAACAAGAGAGUACAGCUGCUCAAGAAGUUCAUCAAGAUCGCAGCUCAUUGUAAAGCCCAAAGAAAUUUGAACUCUGCGUUUGCCAUCAUUAUGGGUCUUAACACAGCAGCUGUCAGCCGACUCAACCAAACCUGGGAGAAAUGUCCGGGCAAGUUCAAGAAGAUUUUCUCAGAGUUGGAGCUCAUCACGGAUCCAUCUCUGAACCACAAAGCCUAUAGGGAAGCCUUCAAGAGGAUGAAACCUCCCAAGAUCCCUUUCAUGCCUCUUCUCCUGAAAGAUAUCACCUUUAUCCACGAGGGAAAUAAGACCUUCCAUGACAACCUGGUCAACUUUGAGAAGCUGCAUAUGAUCGCAGACACAGUGAGAAUGAUUCGCCACUGCCAAAGCGACCAGCCAGGCAACGAGGUAAUCGGGGUUGACAGUGUGGAGGUGAGGGCCAGCGUUCACUACCUGCACAUUAUCGACAACCAGCAGACGCUUUUCGAACUGUCACACAAACUGGAGCCACGCGCUUAAACACACACACACACACUCACGUACCCUCCUAGACACACUCACACACACACUGGACACAGCGCAGUGGAGAUGCUUGCACCGAGUACGUGAGACAUGGAGGACGCUUUGUACAGCAAAAUGUCACGCACUCACACAUACACUGCAACAAAAUCACACUACCAGCAGUGGUGCCAAGUGGACAUUAAGGUGCCAUGUGUUCUGACAAAAACCCAUGAAGACACAGAGCUGCACUCUACCAGUUCUCUAAAGGCUUUAUAACACUGAACAUGUGCUUAUAAAGGAUUUAUAAAGUCUGUACACGCUCUGUGAACUGUCUGCAGGAAGUCAUUCUGCACAGCCAAACUUAGACAGAGAGUAGAAGAGGCUGAAAUUAGUUUGUACAGUAUCUAUUGGACUGAAUAUGUUGUUUUUGUUCUCGUGAUGAGCUUUUGGUUAUUUAUCAGCCUGUUCAGCAGGUGGAAUGUUCCUUUAUUUCUGUCAAAGUUUUGUCGCCUGCCCCCAGGAGGUCAAUAAGCCUCUUCAUCAUUUCAGUUUUCAAACACAAAACUGACUGUAGAGGAGUAAGAUUUGUUUAUAACCUGAUGGCCACAAUCUGCCGCAUAGAUGGUCUCAUAUGAUUUCAUCUGCCUCGUGAUGCAUGUAUAUCCAGGAUACAUGCCAUAGUUAUUUAGGUGUAUGAUGUAGAUCUUUCUUUGAUUAUUUUGUGGUGGCAUAUUAUGUAAAACAGCCAGUGCUGACAUAUCUACACACUUAACACGCUUUUUUUUUAACCUUUUCUCACUGAGGCUGGAUGUCGUUGGUUAAACGACAAAGCCUCAGUGAGUGACAAAAGGUGCAACAUUAACAGUGUAUUGUAUCUGGCAUCUGAAGGAAGCACGUUUGAAACGCUAAAACUCUCCUGAAUGUGCCAGAGUUCCAAAAACUGUUGAUGAAUAGUGAAUGUUUUUUGGUCCUCCUUGUUUUUUCCAUUUUAAAGUCCUAGUUGACUUUUAGCCAAACACUCCUCAUGCGCUCUUCUCUAUGAUGUUUUUGUGUGAAUAGAUAAUGAUGAAUUUACAUUGUACUGUAAAUAACAUGGACCUAUACAUUUUUCAGUGCCAAAUGUCACAUUGAGUGCUGCAGCAUAGACGUACUGUAGAGCUCUUGGUUUGUUUAGGAAUCAGUGUUUUUUUUAUCACAGAAUUUGAUUUCCUUGAGUGAGCCCUGGACGUCUGGUCUUUGAUCAUGUAAAGCAGAUCUGACUCCUCGCAGAGAUGCUUUCUGACAUUAUGAUGACUGAUUUCGCGGUGCGUGAUGAUAUCCCACUCACCCCAGGUUGCUAAGGAAACACAGUCCCAUCAUAGAGCUAUUUUCCUUUCUUUUUUAAUCCUUAUUGUAUUAUGUUAACAGAUAAGUCAUAGCACUGCAACACAUACCUUUUAUUAAGAAAUGUUUUUAUUCAACAAAAUCAUGUUCAUGGGGAGAUUUUGACAUUGGUGAUUAAUUCUUACUGACUGAAAAGAUCACUUCAUUCGGAAGUGGUCAUGGCCAUGUGAAAAUCAUCUAUUUGUUAUUCAAAUCAGUGAGGGACCAGCCUGUCUUGUUGAUAAGAUUCACUCAGUAGUUAGUCUGUAGUCACCAGGAAAGAAAUGCAGCAUGGGAGGACGGGAAUCAUUUAGAAAUUAUUUAUGAGUGACAAUGAUAAGACCAUGAGCAGUUUUCACAUCUGGCAGACCUUAUUAGUGUUUGUGUUAUUUUGUCCUUGCCCUGUAUCUGUUCAUGCAUAGUCAGUCACUUCAGUGGUAUAUUUCUGCUGAGUAAGAGGAAGCAUCCAAAGGCGAGAUUCCUAAAUGUUAUGUAGCGAUGAAUGUCAUGCAUUGCUUGGAUAGUAAUAAAACAUGGGGGGUAAAGUGCAAUACAGUAGAAAUGUCGUUACCACAAGUAACACAACAUUUCAACACUAAGCCUUUCAGAGCGCAGAGCUGCUUUUUCUUGCAGAUCAUAAUGAAUCAAAUGGACAAGGGAGGACUGGGAUUUCCCAAACUGUUAGUGCCAAAAACAUGUUUGGUUCAUUACAAGAAAAAGAUCAAAGAUGAUCUCAAGGUGAAGACUCGCUUUUAAACAUAAUUCUUGUGUUAUGAGCAGCUUAGUCAUUGUCUUUUAAAUAUUCCUGUAGAUGCUCUGACACUGAAUGUGGAGCCAGUUUUGUGGACACUGUUAUAGUCACCCAAAUUGAUUAAUUCAAAUUGAAAGCUUACUUGAGCCAUAUAAGUAUUUAAUAUUAUGUGGAAGUAAAAUCUAAACAAAUGAUAAAGAUGUCUGUUUAUUGUCCUGGAAGUGUUGCUUGAGAUAAAACAUGUGAAUCUUGAGAUGGUUCCUUUCCAGGAAUUCUUUAUAUCCACAAAUAUUACAUGAACCAUUUAAGAUUUUAAGAAUAACAUUCGUAAAUAAACACAAAAAUAGAUUCUUCGACUGCUGGAGCUGAUAAAUUAGAGCAAUGAUCUGUUCAUAUUCAAUAUCACAGAAAGGCCUUGUGGUAGUCAUUUUUACUAUUAACCUGUACAUGACGCACAAAUACACAAACACACCUCUGCUCAUUGUGUUCAAAGAGCAGACUAAUUGUGCUAUACUAGUUAUUUAUUGUAAUAUAUUGUUUAUUUAUGUAUUUUUGAGGUGACAAAAGUCCAUGCACGGAGGUUCAACAAUGUGGAAGUGCAUUCUUGAGAAGAAAAGAUGUCUGUGGUUUGAAGCUGCUGCAAUGCUGGAAUGUAAAAGUACUUGUUAUGUUUUUCGGCCACUUGAGGGCAACAGCAGAGCAAGUCAGUGUGAUGAUGCUCUUCUCUUUCCUCUGGUGUCAAAUGCUGUAAUGGACAGGAAACCAACAGGAAGGUGUAUUUAGUGGUUCAUCGGCUGUCGUCAUGACUGUAAAGUUACGUUUUUUUAAAGCAGUGUUGUUUAAAAUCUGUUUGCAUGUUAAAACAAAAAACACAAGUUCACAAUGCAAGAGAGGACAUGUUGAAGGCUUUGUACUAUUGUAAUAUUGUUGAUGUGUAAAUAUAUGCCCAUGUUUGGUAUGUUGUUAUUAUUUAUCAGUUAUAAAUGAAAAAAAGUCCACCACAAAGCAAUACGUCUCCCCUCGUGUCCCCUCAACCCUCUGACAGCUGAAGCCACACGUCUUUUCUAAAGCUGUGUUUUACUAUGUCAACAUUUGACUGAAAUUAAUAAAUUAUAGGUUUUAUGUGA